AUGACCAACAAAAAGGAAUAUCACUCUAUGUGUGAGGUGUCAAAGUCAUUUACAAGGGGAUCUGCAAGAGAUAAGCAGAUAAGGCUCAAGAUAAUAUGCAGUGAAAGCUGUCCAGUAGGGUUUAUAAAGUUGACAUUACCAGGAAAACCAAUCUGCUGUUUCCAAUGUGUUCGGUGUCCUCAAGGACAAAUAUCAAACCAAACAGAUGCUGUAAUGUGUCAGCAAUGUUCAUGGGAUACAUGGUCCAGUUUUCAACAAGACAAAUGCAUCCCAAAGGCAAUAGAUUUUCUCUCCUAUGAAGAACUCUUGGGUUUAAGUCUAGCAGCAAUUUCUAUUUCUUCCUCAGUUGUUCCACUUUGUAUUGCGAGCAUUUUUAUGUGUCAUAAAACCACACCAGUUGUUAGAGCCAACAACUAUUCCCUUAGUUGCCUUCUCCUGCUCUCCUUGUUCCUCUGUUUCCUUUGCUCUUUAGGGUUCAUUGGUUACCCACAAUCUGAAAUGUGUCUUCUGCGCCAGGUGGCAUUUGGGAUGGUUUUCUCUCUGUGUAUCUCUAGUGUUCUGGCUAAAACCAUUACUGUUGUUAUAGCUUUCACUGCAAUUCAGCCUGGCAGCAGGUUAAAAAGGUGGACAAGCGUUAAGGUGUCCUACUGUGUUGUUGUGUUUUGCAUGUGUAUUCAGUUAUCUGUGUGCAUAGUGUGGCUUUCCUUCUCCCCUCCAUUUCCAGAGUAUGAUAUCAAAACCCAACCUGGAGUCAUCAUAAUAAACUGCAAUGAAGGGUCACCCACUGCUUUCUGGUGCAUGCUGGGAUUUCUGGGCAUAUUGGCUUCUAUCAGUUUCAUUGUUGCUUUCCUGGCUAGGAGACUCCCUGACAGCUUCAAUGAAGCCAAAUUCAUUACAUUUAGCAUGCUGGCCUUUCUCACUGUCUGGAUAUCCUUUAUCCCAGCAUACUUCAGCGCACGGGGAAAAUACACUGUAGCCAUGGAGAUCUUUGCCAUCUUGUCUUCUACCUGGGCUAUGGUGGCCUGUAUUUUUAUGCCAAAGUGUUACAUUAUAUUGUUAAGACCUGAUAUGAAUUCCAGAGAACUUCUCAUGAGAAGAGGCAGAGCCCAGUGA